AAAGUUCUCUCCGAGCAGCCAACCAAGGAAAGAAAAAGGCAAAAAUCCUUACCGAAUUUUCUGGCCAUUAUAAAUAACCAGAAACACAGGCCUCCGUGAAUUGAACUCACCACCAUUAACAAUCGACUACUACACCGCGCCUCCAUUUCUUCUUUGAUCAGCGCCAAUUAACCCAUUCAAUUUUCUACUCGGUAGUAUUUCGAGAUUAAUGUCUGAUUGCUGAAACAUCGAUGGCCAAACCUUUGAAGAAGUUGGUUUCAUGUGUUAUUCUUGAUCUGGAUGGUACACUUCUUAACACUGAUGGUGUAGUAAGUGAGGUUUUAAAAGGAUUUUUGGCUAAGUAUGGGAAACAAUGGGAUGGAAGAGAAGCUCAAAGAAUAGUAGGUAAAACACCAUUGGAAGCUGCUGCAGCUGUAGUGGAAGAAUAUGGUCUUCCUUGUGGAAAGGAGGAAUUUCUUGCAGAACUUCAUCCAGUAUUCUAUGCACAGUUGUGCAACAUUAAACCUCUUCCAGGUGCCAGUCGGCUACUUAAACAUUUGAGUGGUCAUGGUGUGCCCAUGGCUUUAGCUUCAAACUCUCCAAGGGGAAGCAUAGAAUCCAAAAUUUCUUAUCACCAAGGUUGGAAAGAUUAUUUCUCCGCCAUUGUUGGUGGUGAUGAAGUGACUGCAGGGAAGCCAAGUCCUGAGAUAUUCCUGGAAGCUGCUAAAAGGCUAAAUAGAGAACCUUCAAGCUGCCUAGUCAUUGAAGAUUCUAUGCCAGGUGUUACAGCUGGUAAGGCUGCUGGAAUGGAAGUGGUUGCUGUGCCAUCUGUUCCAAAACAAGCGCAUCUUUACACCUCUGCAGAUGAAGUGAUAAACUCUCUGCUUGAUUUGCAACCUGAAAAGUGGGGCCUACCUCCAUUUCAAGAUUGGAUAGAGGGAACUUUGCCAACAGAACCUUGGUAUAUCAGUGGUCCCGUCAUUAAGGGAUUUGGCCGUGGCUCAAAAGUUCUUGGGAUCCCUACAGCCAACUUGUCACCCAAAGGUCACUCAAGUCUCCUUUCAGAACAUCCUUCAGGGGUAUAUUUUGGUUGGGCUGGAUUGUCUACAAGAGGUGUUUAUAAAAUGGUCAUGAGCAUCGGUUGGAACCCAUAUUUCAACAAUGCUGAAAAGACUAUAGAACCAUGGUUGCUUCAUGAAUUUACAGAGGACUUCUAUGGUGAGGAAUUGCGUCUUGUCAUAGUCGGCUAUUUACGACCCGAGGUUAAUUUCCCAUCCCUCGAAAGCCUGAUAGCGAAGAUUCAUGAGGACAAACGAAUAGCAGAGAGAGCCCUUGAUCUUCCAUUGUAUUCAAAGCACAAGGAUGACCCAUAUCUAAGUAGUUCUUUGCACAGUGAAAGCAACCAUUCAUGAUCUACUGGAUUUUCAGUUUUCAUUUGGAAAGAAACUAAUUUGUGAAAAUAUUGUUUCCUUCUUUCAUGACGAAGCCAUUCAAUACGAACACAAGGGCCAUCAGCCUUUAUUUUUAGAUUGGAUGUUAAAGAGACUAUGAACAUAGAUCAAGUUUUCAAUCUGUUGUAUAAGUCGUUAUUGUCAUAUGAAAAUAUCAUUUGCUCC